CACCCUGUUAAUUGUGUAUCCAGCAACGCUUUUGUGAAGAGUUUUCUUCCAAACGGAAGACAAAAAUGGCGGAAUUAGUAAAGAGCAAAGAGAUGAUAAAAUUUUUGGAAUCGGGAAUUUACCGAUUUAUCUCAAAUUUUACUUUUAUGGAUCCUGUUCGAGUUCUUAAUGCUUCUGAUUAUACUCAGUUUAGGGUUUCUGAUUCUGUUUACUACAACCGAUUCUUCGAAUGUGAAGACAAGGAAAAAACUAGGGUUUCAACGAGUUCUAAGAAACGAAAACGGAAAGAAAGAAAACCUUAUACUCUUAAUGAAAGAGAGCGUUCUGCAGAUCAACGUCACCAGGAAGCAAAGCCACUGUUAUUGAAGGCACAUGAAGUUUUAUUAGGAGCUAAAGAUCUUUUACAUUAUAUUAGUAACUUAAAAAGUGAUGGUGGAGAUGAUGAUAGUUGUUGUUCGAAUGGGAUUAGAGAGUCAUGUAUUGAAGAUGGGAAAAAACAAUCCUUUGUCGAGCUUGGAAGUGUUUGGCAAGCUCCUUUAUAUGAAAUUUCUAUAAAUCAUCGGGAAGAAAAUAUGACCACAGCCGAUUCAGGUUCAUCCCUUGGCGUGUCAAGAUUAGUGCCAGCAUUUAAUAGCCUAGUCAUGAAUGAGAGUUGUGAUGAUGUGGAGGCAAAAAUCUUGAAUAACCGUUAUGUUUUGCCUGGAAAUAGCUGCUUCUAUAUGUCAGACUUGAAGCAGAUUCAUGACCUGAUUCCUGCUGAUACUGAUAGCGGAUUCAAUCUUAUUGUAAUUGAUCCACCAUGGGAGGCAAGACAGAAAUCAUUGUACCCAACAUUGCCUAAACGAUACUUCUUGUCCCUUCCGAUUAAACAACUUACUCACUCAAAAGGAGCUCUUGUGGCCUUGUGGGUUACGAAUAGAGAGAAAUUGCGAACUUUUGUGGAGAAAGAACUAUUCCCACUGUGGGGUGUCAGUUACUCAGCUAUCUUUUACUGGUUGAAGGUGAAAGCAGAUGGGUCGCUGAUCAAUGAGCUAGACCUCUUCCAUCAUCGUCCUUAUGAGUGCCUUCUUUUAGGUUAUUGUCAUGGGGAGGAAAUGAAUACUGAGCUUACUUCUACAUAUAAGCGUCUGGAAGAAAAUCAAGUUAUCAUCAGUGUCCCCGGGGAGUACUCAAGGAAACCCCCAGUUGGAAAGUUGCUAAUGGAUUAUCUGCCAGGAACCGGGCCAGCACGAUGUAUUGAACUCUUUGCUAGAGAAAUGUUUGCUGGAUGGACUUCUUGGGGAAAUGAACCUCUCCACUUUCAGGAGUUGAGUUACUUUGUGAACAGGAGUAUGAAUGAUGGGUACUCAUUCCUCGUAACUAUUCCGUAGAAAUCAGCAAACCUCCAAGAUGCUGCCAAGGCACCGCCUUAGGUCAGAGGUACAACUGCACAAUGAAGAGACGGGUGUCACACGGGCUACCAUCAAACAAGGCGAGAAUACUACUAGUAACACAAUAAUAUGAACAAAAAUUCCUAACAAACUGUCCCCAAAACACCAGCAAAUUCCUAACGAACUGUCCCAACUCCUUGACCCCUCUGGUUUUCGGGGAGAGCCGCACCGAAUUUACGUGUACGUAUCAUGAAACAAAGCAGGAAAAGGCAGUAAUAAUUGAAGAAUAAAUUCCUACUAAAAAUUAAAAGAAACCUUAAAAACCAUUCCAGGAAAUAAGGUGUUUUAAACCAACGUUUGUAACCACGAACCCGAUUAUAACAACCCUAAAAAGCUACACAUCUUUCGGAUUCUGCAUCUGGAAUCCAAGAUCAUGCCACCUCCUAUAAACAACAAUAGCUAGGGUAAUUUCGGUGUUAGGAAACAACUGUAUUUUUGGAAACAGACUGGUAUUAGGAAACCACCGCUUUUUAUAAAUACAACUACAAGCCUAACCCUAUUACCAUCCGCAGAAUACAAAAAGUCACAAACCAUCAAGAGCGAGAGAAAGAGAAACCGCUGACUAAUAACAAGACAACGACCAUGUAUGCACGAUUUGAUCGGGAACACGGUAAAUACUCGUCUGCUCAUAGGGUUGAGAUGGACGAAGUUUUGGAUAACUGGAAACUUCGGGGCGGGGAAGGAAAAUACAAGGUGCUAGAUGAUUACCUGUGCGACGUGCAAACCAAUAGCUCUUUUUAUGAUUCCGCUGAAGAUUUGCGUACCGAAUUGAGGAUCCUAAAUAGAAUUGAUGAUGUCCUCUGUGCUGAUAGCAGUGAAUCACUUGCAGUUUACCGCAACGGUGAAAUUGAACUUUAUAGAGCCCUAAAAAAUUCAUCAGAGGUGAGAAUUAUGAUGCUGGAGUUUUGCAAGUCACGGAUGAAAGCUGCUACGAUAUUGGAUUUUCUAAAGUUUCUUGCCGAUCUUCCAGAUGAGUUUUCAGCUUCACCAAUAAAAGAUGCCACAACGUUGAAUUUUUUGAAGAUCCUUGUUGAUCUUGAUCUUCCAGAGGAAUGUAAAAACUGGCUGCUGCAUAAAGUGGUGGAAAAUGACUUCAACACCGUCUUUGAGGAGUACAAGGAUUCGGUCAAGUACUACAUCAAGAAAUUACAACGUCUAGGAGUACAGUGCCAAGAAAACAAUUUGACAGAAGACGAGUAUCCAUGUACUAAUCCGGACUACACCAAACAAGAUAAAGAAAUCAUAUUCCCAGAGAACUAUAUUCUUGGAAUCAUAUUUCUAGGCAGCUGCGAGGAGGACUGUUCUUAUUAUUGUGCAGUGGGUUGCAGUCACAGUAUUGAAGUACAAGGCACGGCUUGCUUGGGUUUUAUGCUUGUCCGUUCGUGGAAAUGUGAAACUACUGUUGUAGCCUCUUGGAGCUGGAUGUGCAGGUGGAAAAAUUUCUGAGAUUGUCGCCUGUAAUUUGCUGUAGCACAACUGCAAUGGAUUACUUGACGCUGUUCUCCUUCAAUGGAAUACUGCAGCUGGUGUUAGGAUGUUGCACACAUAAAAUGGGUUACUUGCUGCUGCUCACCUGCAAUGGAUUUCUGCAGUUUCUUUUAGGGUGUAUUUGGGUGUGCAGCCUUUCCUCUGGAGAUUUGGUUUGGCAUACCUGUAUUGGUAUCUCGUUUUCUCUUUAAUAUAACGUUUCUUUGAAAAAAUAAAUAAAAUUCCUUUAGUGUGCCCAAAGUAAAUGUUGCAAAGGAAAACCAACAAG